AGCGUUUGCGUUGUGCAUGUCUUGCGGACUUCUACAAAAAGCACAGCAAACGUUUCCGCAGAAUGUUUUACACAUCGACAAAUUUGUGCAGAUUAUAUGGAACACAUGGCAUAUAUGUUUAAAGAAGAAAAAUAAAUAAAACAACUUAAUUGUAAAUGUCAUUUACAUUUUUAUUGUUUUUUUAUUUAAAUGUGUAAUUCGGCCUAAAUUCAAAGUCUUAAGUUAAUUUAGCUGAUGCAUUUUAAAAGUCUCCUGCCACUAGCUUUAAUUAACUAUUCUCGUCCAACUGCUGAACUAAAGUGAUUGCUCAGGUGAAUUUCAUUAUAAAUUAACAAUAUAAAACAUUCUCGGCCGUCUAUCAACUUUAUGUGGUUUGCUAAACAGCCCCGGUACAGCUCAACUACUACUGAAAGUACAGAUUUGCAUCAUGUCUGGACGUGGAAAGAAAACCAUCGCAGCUGCCAAGACCAAGUUGCCUGUGUCUCGUUCAGUCAGGGCAGGUCUUCAGUUUCCAGUUGGUCGUAUCGCACGCCUCCUGAGAAAGGGCAACUAUGCCCACAGGAUCGGUAACGGAGCAGCUGUGUACCUUACAGCCGUUCUGGAGUACCUAUGCGCAGAGGUCCUGGAACUGGCGGGAAACGCGAGCAGGGACAACAAAAAGCUUCGCAUCGCUCCCAGACACAUCCAGCUGGCUGUAAGGAACGACGACGAGCUGAACACGCUUCUAGGUGGAGUCACAAUUUCUGAAGGAGGUGUUCUUCCAAACAUCCAGGCCCAACUACUCCCGAAGAAAACCAAGACUCUGCGUGAAGCCAACAGUAGCAAAGACAUCCAAUCUCAAGAGUUUUAAAGUUAUUUUGAAUAUCUGCACUUUUUUUAAAAACACAAAUUAAAGCGUUGAGUAGUGUAUUUUUGGCUUAUGACUGGUCACUAGGGCAGGCUUACCACUGAAGCCUGUCUUAAACUUUGUACUGGAGUUCGCAUGUUUUGAUCCUUGAACUAUGAAUUUCCUCCCCGAGGAAAGCGUUUUGUCUUCAUCGAGGCCCCGGAUCCCUCCGCAGAACUUGUCUUUACUGAAUUAAAGCCCCACGACGAGUCGUACCACUGCGCUCUUU